AUACAUAAUUCUAGGCGACACUUCGUAACGAACGUUCGAAGGGGUAGUACCAUUCGAUUCUCAUUCGUAUAAGAUCGUCGAUAUAAUUCAAAGAAAUUUUCAUAAAUUUUUAAGUGUAAAAUUAAUUCAUUCGUAUUAUCUGAUAUCGAUAUAAACAAAUAAUUAAGGUGAAACGAGAUAGAAUAACGAAAACAGAUAAUAAAUAUAUAUAUAUAUAUAAAUUCAUAUUAAUAUUUUCAUAUUUUUCGCGCCUAAUUGAAAAUAGAGAGUGAGAUUAUAAGUGAAGGAAAAAAUGGUGUCCGGUACUAUGGCUUGCGUGAAAUACCUGCUAUUCCUUUUCAACUUGAUAUUCGCGAUAAGCGGUAUCGUCUUCAUCUCCGUAGGCGCAGUAAUUCUGGUAGUUUAUCGCGGUUACAACAAUUUCGUCGACAGCUGGUUCUUCGCUGCACCUAUCUUGAUGAUAAUAGUUGGCAUUAUAGUUUCUCUGGUGUCUUUCUUCGGUUGUUGCGGCGCAGUAAAAGAAAAUCAUUGCAUGUUGAUAACUUACUCGGUCUUCUUGAUGAUCAUUUUCGCACUCGAAUUGGGUGCAGGUAUCUCAGGAUAUGUAAUGCGAAGCGAAGUAGAUUCGAUGUUGCAUAAUCGUUUGAAUGAAACAUUUUACCAAUACUCAAGCGAUGAGAGCAUUCGCAAAUCUUGGGAUGUAAUGCAAUACGACUUACAAUGCUGUGGUAUAAAAAGUCCAGCGGAUUGGUCCAACAAUGGUUACAUAGAUAACGAUGUACCGAAUUCUUGUUGUAAAGAAAUUUCAACCGAAGAAAAAUGUGAUUCUAAUUCGAUUUAUUCCAAUGCCGAUGGUUGUAUGCCCAAAUUAGAAAAGACCAUUAAAUACAAUUCUUUGGCUUUGGCAUCCGUCGGUGUAGGGAUCGCUCUUACUCAGUUGAUCGGAGUAACCUUUGCGUGCUGUUUGGCUCGCUCGAUUCGUCGCGAGUAUGAGACUGUCCGAGCCAUGGAUAAUAACACGAUUCGAAAAAUGGCAUAUAACAUAAUUAUUGACCGGCACAAAUUAUUUCAAUAUAUGCUAAGAGCUUUAUGUAAAAUGUGUAAACUUUAAUCGAAUGAUCAUCCAUCGUUUAUAUUAGCUUAUUAGCAAGACUAUAUUUUAAUAGUGUUCACUCGUGCCAAUCUUUUCGAGUUCGAAUAUUAUUUUUAACAAAAGGAGAAGAAGAAGAAGAAGAAGAAGAAAGAGAAAAAAAAAACGGAACAAUUUUUAAUUAAUUAUAAAAAUUUUCUAAGAAGUUUUUUUUUUAAUAAGUCUCUUGUGGCUAAGCAAAUAUUCGUUUUAAGUUAAUAGCGUUGACGAUGUUAAACGAUGACAAGAUAUAUAUCGUCAUCUAUUAUUAUUAUUAUUAUUAUUUUUUUUUUUUUUUUAUUUUUCUUUUUUUUAGUUCUUCUUUCAAUCAUCAAAAAAUAUAAUUCUAAAUUUAAAAAGCGCGGUAAAGCGAGACAGACGCAAUUUAUGUUAAAAAACAAAAGCAUCUCUUAUUUCUGUAUAUUCGUAUGAAUAUAUAUUAUAAUACACGUCUGUGUAGAUUAUUUAUUAGGGCUUCAUUGUAAUAAUGCUAGUCUUAUUUGGAUUUCAUUGUUUAUUAAGCAUUGAUGAUUAUAUAAGUACUCGAGAAAACUGUACAGUUUCAAAUGUGUCUGUGAUUUUGAAAAUCAUGAUUAUUAAGCAAAUUAUUUCUUGAUACAUUAAGUUUGUUUUAAUACGAACGAACGACGAUUUCUUUUUUUUUUUAUGUUUUUUUUUCUUUUAGAUUAACAGGCAUAUAUCAUGCCCCAGCCCCCCUCCUCUUUGUCUACACGAAUAUUAAACAAGUAUAAUAGAUUUUAGGGCGAAUAUUCAUAUAUUGAUAUACCGUUUGAUAUACGGUCAAAUAUAUAUGCGUAAACACUACAGUUGUGUAAGAAUUAAUAUUUAUCUAUUAUUAAGAGAUGUUCUGUUGUUUAUUACGGUGUAAAGUUUAUGUAGUGUUAUAAUUAUAAUUAAUAGCCAUAUAUAUAUAUAUAUAUUUAUAGAAUAUACAGGGUGUCCCGUAACAGAUGAUACGAACGAGCCGUGAAUGAUUCUGCGAGAAAAAUUAAAUUGAAAAUGUAGAAUCGAAUUUUACGUGUAUGAGGCUUUAUUUUGGAGAGAACAAAUGAAUUUGAAAAUUUGUUUAAUACGUAUGCACUUGAAUGAGCUUGCAAGCUUGGAAAUUAAGAAACUUGUUUGAUCAGCAUAAAACUAGAACCAAUAUUAGAAAUAUCAUCAUAUGACGAAAUAUCGUCAUUGAACAAAUUCUUUUUUGAUGGAUGGGGGAUUUUCAAUUUAGCUUUUUAUAUACUCAUUCCUUAUUCGCAAUUGUAUCAACAGUUAUAGGAUACCUUGUAUAUUACAACAUCAGAUUCAAAUCAUUAUUUUAUCUUUAAUACUUUGUAGAGAGAACACACAUACACACACACACAUAUAUAUAUGUAUGAAGAAUUAAUUAACGAAAAAUAUUUUCUACAUAGUGCAGGUAAAAUGAUACAGAACAAAGUCAAUGCCAAUUAUGUUAAUUGUUAUAAAGCGAAAGGUCUGACAACUUUGGACAAUGCUGGUAAUACAAAUUUCGCUUAAAAUUACGUUUUUCAUCAAUGGAAUGUUUGCUUUUUAUAUGUUACCGCUUAAUCGAUAUGCAAUGCACUUAUGUUAAUCAAUUAAUGUAUCUCUAAAAAAAGAAAAUCUAGUGACGUAAUAUUUUUACUUACAGCGAAACCACAGCGCACUGAUCUGCCAUCAGUUAAGGGACAUUUUUCAUAAUAUUGUUCAUCAUACAUUGGCAGAAAAUAUCUUUCUAUUUCCAUUGCGAAUAUGACCCAUUUUUAUUAUCGUGCUUUAAACAAAACCAAAAAACAAACAAAAAUGUAUAGCAAAGAGGAAUGAUGUUUUAAAACAAUACAUUUAUUAUACGCGUAAAAAUAUACGUAGGAGAGAACAUAUAUAUAUAUAUAUAUCUCUUGAAAAGAUUUUUAAUCGUCGAAGUACUAUUUUCUGAUUUCUCUUUUUUAUGAAAUAAUUUUCUAAAAAAAAAAAAAAAAAAAGAAUAGGAUGAUUUACUGCCACUACAUGCCAAAAAUGCCAAAAUGAGCAUAGCGACUAUAAAAGAACGAAACAAAAAAAUACAAUCUUACUCUCAUUUUCUUUUUAUGUAGAAUACUAUGAGAUCAUCGUAAUGGAACAAAAAAAAAAAGUAAAAUAAUAAAAAAAAAUAUAAAAAGAUAAAUUAUAAAAAGCGUUUGAAAAAAAAGAAAUAAGAAAGAAAAGAGACAAUGAUAAUUAAUGCAAUUUUAAAUGUGCCAUGUGUUUCGCAGCUAUGAUAUAAAAAUAAUAAUUGAAAGAAACAAAAAGAAAAAAAAAGAAAAGAAAGAAAAAAAGAAAUUUUUGUCAUCUACGUAAAAUAUGUCUUCGCUCCUUAUAGAAGCAUAGUUAUUCUUCAACAUCCUAUCGUAAAUGUGAGCUACUUAAUCAUAGUACUCGCGAUAACUUAACUACCAUCAUUCCUCUUUAAUUUAUUAUAUUACGUGAAAAGAAACAAUGAGCUAUUUUUGCCUAAUCUUCCCUCCAAACGGUGCAGCGUGGAUCGAUGAUUAUCUGAGAUUUACUUGCAGAAAAAAAACAAGCUUGUGUUCUAAUAUUCAUUAUUAUGCAAAAUAGCUUAUUGAUUCUACUGUAUUUAAAUACGAAUCAUUUAAAAUACGACAUACAUUCUAUGUGUGUCUCUUCUCGAUAAGUAAAAGAAAGGAAUUCUUUUUUUUUUCUUUUUUUUUUAAAUAAUUUAUUUAUUUAAAUAUAGUUAUUAUCAAAUGUUGCAGCAGUCUUUACUUGUACCAAACACGUAAUGAUAUCGUAUUUAUUCUAUAAAUGUGCGUACUUUUAUUCGUAAACGAUAAAGUAUAGUAAGGUAUAUAUAUAUAUAUGUAUACCUCAUAUAUAUGUAUAAAAAACAAUAUGUAUAUACAUAUAAGCAAUGCAUAUGCAAUAUUUCCUCCUUCGUAUCAAUGCUUAACGCGCAAAUGAACAAGCAUCUAUGUAUCUUGGUAUUUUUAAGAAAAUUUCAAUGAAAUAUUAAAUGAUUAUUAACAUUUUUUUCCAAUUUAUCAAUAAUAAAAUCCUUCGUGUCAUUAAAUAUUCAAAUAUUCUGUACCACAUGUUCUAUGCCGUUAGGAUUGUAUUAUUGAAAAAAAAAAAAGAGAAGACUUAAAAAUGUUAUCCUUAAUAUGCAUUCUUAUAU